AUGAACCAUUCCGCCGUCCCCUCCGCCGUGGCCGACUCCGUGCUGCAAAGCUCGCAACCGGUCCCGGAAGGGUCGCACAUCGUGAGCGGUGUGGAUUUUGACCGAUUUCAAGGUCGGGAUAUUACAGUGGCGGAAAUGGUGGACAACUUAGCCCACACUGGAUUUCAGGGCUCCGCGGUCGCCGAGGCGGCGAGCAUCAUCAAUGAAAUGCGCGCGUUUCGCGACCCGGAAACCGGUAGCAAGACUACUAUCUUCCUUGGGUUUACCUCCAACCUCAUUUCCUCCGGCCUGCGAGACACCCUGCGCUAUUUGGUCAAACACAACCACGUGUCGGCCAUUGUGACGACUGCCGGUGGCGUGGAGGAGGAUCUGAUCAAAUGUUUGGCCCCGACCUAUCUGGGGUCGUUUGCGACCCCCGGAGCCGGUCUCCGCAGCAAGGGUCUCAACCGCAUUGGCAAUCUCAUCGUGCCUAACAACAAUUACUGUGCCUUUGAAGAUUGGGUGGUCCCCAUUUUGGACAAGAUGCUGGAGGAACAGGAGGCCGCGAAACAGAAGGCUCGGGAGACCGGGGAUGAGGAAGACGAGCUGCACUGGACCCCCAGCCGCAUCACCGAGCGCCUGGGUCGUGAGAUCAACCACGAGGACUCGGUUCUAUACUGGGCGGCCCGGAAUGGAAUCCCCGUCUUCUGUCCUGCGCUAACCGAUGGCUCCCUGGGUGAUAUGCUUUACUUCCACACCUUCAAGUCUUCCCCCCAGCGACUUCGGGUUGACAUUGUCGAUGAUGUGCGCCGGAUUAACACCAUGGCGGUGCGAGCUACCCGGGCCGGCAUGAUCAUUUUGGGUGGCGGUGUUGUCAAGCACCAUAUUGCCAACGCAUGCCUCAUGCGAAAUGGAGCCGAGCACGCAGUCUACGUGAACACUGCACAGGAGUUUGACGGUAGCGAUGCCGGUGCUCGGCCAGAUGAAGCGGUGAGCUGGGGAAAAAUCAAAGCAGACGCCAAAUCGGUCAAGGUCUACGCCGAAGCCACCGCUGUAUUCCCCAUGAUUGUUGCCGCUUCAUUCGCCCGACAGUCGCAGAACUGA